AUGGACCACCCCGGUCGCGCCGCGCGCUACAACUCCCAGAAGUCACGCAAGCCUCUGACAGACGCAACCUCGCGAGCCAACGCGUCAACUCCACCGUCGCGCAACACGAAAGUCGCGUCACAGCAUGGCUACGCCCAGCAGCACCUCCCCCACAACGAGUCGAUACUGCCUCAAGGUAAUACCUUAACCGUCCACCACCCCGGCGCCACAGUCGAGAACAAGCACCUAUCGAAUGUCGUCAAAGGCGAUGGCAGGGCCACCAACCGCGAUUCGACAAUCUCGACCGCCUCAACCCAUGCGAGCAGCAGUAGCCGUCGUAAGACGCACAUCGGGCCAUGGCAGCUUGGCAAGACCAUUGGCGAGGGAGGAUGCUCGCGCGUCAGGGCAGUCAGGCACAGCGUCACGGGCCAGCUCGGCGCGGCAAAGAUCAUCUCCAAAAAGACUGCAGACAAGGUCAAGGCUCAGAGCUUGCUCAACCUGUACAAGUCCGCUGAGACGGACCCAAAGCUUGCUGCACACAUGAAAGCCAUGCCUUUUGGCUUGGAGCGCGAGAUAGUCAUCAUGAAGCUGCUAAACCACUCCAACAUUGUCAAGCUAUUUGACGUUUGGGAGAAUCGUAGCGAACUAUACCUUAUCAUGGAGUACGUCGAGGGCGGAGAACUCUUCGGAUAUAUUGAUGAGAAUGUUGGUCUUCCUGAAAUGGAGACAGUCUACAUCUUCCGCCAAAUUGUCGCUGCCCUGCUUUACUGUCACCGUAUCAAAAUCCACCACCGUGAUUUGAAGCCUGAGAACAUCCUCAUCGACGCUGAGAACUUGACGAUCAAGCUCGUCGACUUUGGUAUGGCCGCCCUACAGCCGGAGGGAAGGUGGCUCAGUACACCAUGUGGAAGCCCUCACUAUGCUGCGCCGGAAGUCAUUCGCUACAAGCAGUACGACGGGGGACAGGCGGACGUGUGGAGCUGCGGUGUCAUUCUCUAUGUCAUGCUCACUGGACAGCCUCCCUUCACGUACAAUGAUCGCCAGGACUUGACGCACUUGUUCAAGAUAAUCGCUCAAGCUAGGUAUGUUAUGCCCGAUGGGCUGAGCGAGGAGGCCCAGGACCUCAUCAGCAAGAUUCUUGUGCCCGAUCCCCGCCGCCGCAUCAACAUCGAAGGUGUUUGGAAGCACCCUUUCCUUCACAAAUAUGACGCAGAGUUUGGUUUUGAUGAAGAGACGGACAAAGACAUUUGGAACGGCCCCAAACCUCGCAUUAGUCACUGGGAUCUUCGCUACCAAGAGGACCUUGACAGGGAGACGUUGCGUAACAUGCGCUGCCUUUGGCACAGCGAGUCGGAAGACACCAUUGUGCGAAAGCUGUUGAACCACGAGGCUAACCAGGAGAAAUUCUUCUACAACUCUCUACAAAAGUACAAGGACCAGCAGCUGGAGCAUUGGCCUGGAGAGCCUGAGAUUUCUUACUCGGCGAGCGACUACCACCAUCUCGCCCGGCCCAGUCAGCCGCCUCCCGUGCCGCACGGCCGCACCAAAUCUCAGUACUCUAUCCUCAACGAUGAGCAUCUGCAGGCGGCAAACAGCUUCCAGCAGCCUCCUCCGUCCGAGCAAAGCUACGAUCCUUUCCGUGCGUCUAGGGAACCUUCGUUGGCGAACAAGGGUAAUUACAUGAACGUGACGGUCCACCGUGGCAGUACAGCUGCGAGUGGGCAUUCCAGCGGACACCGGAAGCGCAGGUCAUCGGUGGCUUUGAGUAGCAACCAUGGACGCGGCAGUUCCCUGCGUGUUGACACCCUGAAGAAAUCCGGUUGCCGCCACUCCGGUCUCCCUAUCAUAGACUCACGUGGCAGCUCCAGGAGGGGGUCCGUCGUUUCUCCUGCUGCGCGCCACAGGAAGUCUCUGUCCAAGUCCUCGACGAACAGUUCGGUCUGGGCGAGCUCACCGCCUAUAGUUGUGAGACCGAGCAGCUCGCACAAGCGCGGCGUUAGCUUCGCGCACCUUCGCAGGAGUUCCACAGGCAGCCGUCUUACUGUUACGGAGGCUACCUCGGCGCAGGGCACACCUGAGCAACGCAAACACCCGCAGGAGGCCGCUACGCAGAAGCAGCAGCAGGAGCCUAUCCCGGCUCUUCCCAGUACCCCUGUUCAGGCAUCUACCCCUCCUGCACCUUCCAGCGCUGUCCUGAAGAGCAAUAAACAUCGCAUCAAGGUCAAGGCUCCGGAGACCCCCGGCCGUGCCAUCGAUGGUGAGGUCCGGAAGGCGAGUGUCGAGCUCGAAAAGGCUCUUGAUGAAGCUUUCAACCGUACUUCAGUCAGCUCCAGCGUCCGGACGUCCUCCGAAAGGCCGACACCUUACGAGUAUGAGACACCCCCAUCGUCAGUUUCCUAUCGUGGCUCCGGUGCUUCGGCCUACACCGCAGAUGCGCAGGCCCUGAGGCAGACUGAUACACAGCGCCCGCUGCCUCCCCUUCCACCGGAGGCCACUCACGACUCACCCAACACCUACCUCGCCCGUGAGCUGGCUGAGACCCGUGAACGCCUUGCAGCACGCUUCGCGUUGGAGGGUGGCGAGAACAUCGCCAACUACAACGAAGUUCUUCAAUCUCUCGAUCGUCUGUUGCACCCGUCGCGUCCAACUUCAGCUGAUGCAAACCAACGCUCGGUUUCUGCACCCCAACAGUCGCCGCAGCAUCCUCGGCUUUUGCCGAUCAUCUCAGAGGAGGGGAAAAGCACUCCUGAUGCAAGCCCGCAUGUUGGGACGCCCAACUGGCGCAGCGCAACUCGUGCUGCUACGGACCCGGUAACUCAGGCACAUGACAAGUAUUAUGGGAACCAGACUAUCCGCAUUGUAGAUGCCAGUUCUCCUGCUGCUACUGGCCCGCACGUUCAGCCCCUCAAUAUCCGGAAGAAGAGCAGUGGCAGCACACUCGCUCAGGCUGCUGCUUCUGCUACGCCGACCCCUACGCGCCCGUAUCACGUCGACUCAUUCAGCCCGGCUACCCCUAGCCCUGUUCCUCCGUUAAGCCACAAGCCCAGCCUUACUAUCGAGAUUGAUCAGACGCCAUCGCCGUUCGUUCACCGUGACUCUUUGGAUGCUGCGACGCAGACGACUCCCUUGCAGACUCCGGUUUCGGCUUCCAGCACAAGCACUACAGCCAAGGACGAGAAAAUUACGAAGAAGCGUAGUUGGUUCAAGCGCCGCGUCAGCGAUAGAGACCAAACGGAGCAGCAGAACCCUGGCGAUUACGCCCGUAGGCCCAGGAUCCCAGAGGCAUGGCAGGGUCUGGACGAUCGUCUGGACAGGCCGAAGCCGCGCGCCUUUUCAUCAUACACUAAGCAGGACAGAAAACCCUCGACCGGCAGCACCAGCUCGAACAGCGAAUUUCCUCUGCGUGACUCCGAGAAGGAGAAGAUAGACAAGCUUGCUGGUCUCAGAAAGAACCUGGCCUCUUUGUUCGGCAAGAGGGUCCCGGAGAAGAAGAGUCGUGGCUCCCUGAUGUUGAUGCCCUCUAACUACUCCGCGAGCUCUCUUCCGUCUUCUGCGUUCUCAUUCGGCGAUGACUUUGACCCGUCCGUGCCGCGCUACACCGAGGGUCAGAACUGGCUUUCUCGCUUUUUGCACAUCAAGCCUGCGACCAGGGUCAUCGUUUUCCAGGUCGGCCGUGGCCGCGUUCGGCAGGAGAUCGUCCGUCUUCUACGCGAUUGGAAGCGGUUUGGUGUGCGGGAUGUCAAAUUUGACCGCUCCACGAACAUUAUCCAGGCCCGUGUUGACAAGACCAACCGUGAGUACCAUCUUCCAGCCAAGGCACCUGCAAAACUCAAGGGAUACUAUGAAAUACUUGCCAACACCUCUCUUUGUGCUAAUUCAGGCAUACCUCAUCCAGAGCUCCAGAUGAAGCCCGUCGCCUUUACCGCCGAGCUUUUUACGGUUCUCCAGCAAGGACGCCGCGCGCAACUCUGCGUGGGUCGCUUCACUCAGACUCGUGGAGCUGCCAGCAGCUUCCGCAAGGUUGUCGAUAUCCUCGAAGAUGUCCUCAAGGGCAAGGGCAUCAUCAUCGAAGACGAGGCCCGUGCUCGCGAGGUAGCCGCCAUAUUGGGUGGUUAA